CCUCGAAUUGAUCUGAUCAUGCGGGAGUUUCCUCCGGUUUCAGGGAGGAUGCCAACAACACGCUACGGAUACUCGUGGCUACGGACUGUCAUCUGGGCUACAUGGAGAAGGAUGAAGUGCGGCAGCACGAUUCCUUCCAGGCAUUUGAAGAGAUCUGUUCUAUAGCUGAGAAAAAGAAGGUGGAUUUCUUACUUCUAGGUGGUGAUCUUUUCCAUGAGAACAAACCCUCAAGAUCAACAUUAGUAAAGGCCAUUGAGAUUCUUCGUCACUAUUGUCUCAACGACCGGCCAGUGCAAUUUGAAGUUGUUAGCGACCAGACCGUUUGGCCAUGUGAAUUAUGAAGACCCUCACUUCAAUGUUGGCUUGCCAGUCUUCAGCAUUCAUGGAAAUCAUGAUGAUCCUGCUGGAGUG